UCGUCGACGUAUCGCCACGCACACGUGAGUCAGAAAAACAAAACAAAGUUGGCACUCGGCAAAAUGGAGAAGGAAACGGCGACCUCCUCAAAGCAAAAAAGCCCUGAAAAAAGCCCUAAGAAAACUGCUCGGCCGAGGUCAUCGAAGGUAUGGGAAUACUUUAAACUCAGUACCAAACGCAAAGGCAUCGUCAUCUGUAGUCUUUGCCAAAUCGAACUGGCAUAUCACACCAGCACAACGGCGAUGUUGGAACAUCUAAAGCGGAGACACCCCCUUGUCUCUCGUGGAGGGGACAACAAUAAGACAAAGCAAAGUACCUUGUCAACCUAUCUUGGGAAAGAGGCGCAGUGCACACCACAGAAGGCAGCUGAACUCAGCAAAAAAAUCAUGAGAGUGAUCAUCAAAGACAUGAGGCCUUUGUCCCUGGUGGAGGGUGAGGCCUUCGUAGAUAUGAUCGAAUAUGCCUGCCAAGGCUUCAAAUGUCCCUCCAGGUGGUGGUUUACCAAGCAGCUGGAGAAGGCAUAUCAAUGUGUUCUUGACGAUCUGAAGGGAAACUUAAAGAAGAGGUCCUCAAAAAUUACUCUCACCACCGAUGCCUGGAUGAGUAUUUGUACAGAGGCAUACCUUGGAGUGACCUGCCACUACAUUAACGAGAAGUGGGAGAUGGUCUCAUUCGUUCUCUGCACAUUGCCCCUUGAUGACAGACACACAGGUGACAACAUUGCUCUCUGGAUUGAGGAGGUUGCUAAAAAGUUUGACUUUUCUCUCCAUGAUGAUGUCCAGGCGAUUGCCCACGACAAUGCAGCGAACGUUGUGAAAGCUCUUAGAAUCCUUGAGGAGAAGCAUGGUGUUGCCUCACUGCGAUGUGCUGGCCAUACCAUCCAGUUGAUUGUUAACAGUGCACUUAAAGAGCCCCGCAUCAGCAAGGCACUUGGGGCAGCAAGGAGCCUUGUCACCUACUUUCACAGCAGUGAGGUCGCCACCCUCAAACUGAAAAUCAAGCAAGAGCAGAUGGGCACACCGCAACACAAGUUGUCCCAAGAUGUACCUACCAGGUGGAAUAGUUCUUUUUAUAUGAUCAAACGUCUUCUGGAGCAGCGGUGGCCUAUAACAGCAACCCUUUCUGACCCAGAGGUCACGAAGACAGAAAAGCAUUACCUGGAUCUAAAGGCUGAGCAGUGGAGCAUCUUAGAGGACCUGCAUCAAGCUCUUGAGCCCUUUGAGCAAGCCACUGUCUUCCUCAGUGGCGAGGCAUACGUCACAGUCUCCGUCCUGCCUCCACUGGUGAAAGGACUACAGAAGUCCACACAGACAGCCUUUGAGUGUGCUCCAGUAGCCAACUUCCAGACCACAGCCGCAGCAGAGAUUGCUUCAAGAUGGAGGGUUGAGACUACAUAUGAUGAAGACGGGAACACCAUGUGCAUCUUUGCUGCAGCCCUUGAUCCAAGAUUCAGGAAACUCAAGUUCCUGUCCACAGAUGACAUCUUGAAAGUGAAAAUCAAACUUCAGCACCUUGCACUUGAAGCUGGACGAGUGCGAGUGAGGGAAGAGCCUGACUCCCCCAGUGGCCAGCCUGAUAACUCAACAAGACAGAGGCCAAGGUCUGUUCUGGACACAUUGCUUGGGUCAGAAGAUGAGGAAGAGGACUUGGAAGAUGAAAACCCAGCCCAUGACCAGAGGGAAAAUGCUGUCAGGAAUGAGGUGCUUGUGUACUUUGGGGAAAAACCCAUUCCAAAGGACAAAGACCCACUCCAAUGGUGGAAAGACAAUGAAACAAGGUUCCCAGCCCUGGCUGUUGUGGCAAAAUCUUAUUUGGCUGCCCCUGCAACAUCCACUCCCUCUGAACGUCUGUUUUCAGCAGCAGGGAACAUUGUGACCAAAAAAAGAGCAAGCCUCACCAAAGAACAUGUGGACAUGCUCACAUUCCUCCACAGCAAUUCAAAGUAGAUAGUGUAGGAGGGGUAAAGAGUUGUGAUGAGAGGGAGGAGAGAAUAAGUAAAGUGGACAGAACAAUAUACAGUAUAUUGCAUACUCUUCAUUAGCAUGUUGUAAGCUCACAGAAUUACAGUUAAGGAAGGCACUUUCACUUCAUUAGGCUCUAUGUUAUGUUGUGUUAAGCACUCAGGAGUUGAUGUACUGUGCACGGCACAGUGUAUGUUUUUGCACUACUUUUUGUUUGUAAUUUUGUACAAGAGAGAUUUUUGUUGAACUUUAAGAGAAACAGGCUGGCCUUUUUAUUUUGUUUAUUCCAAUUCUAUUUUAUUCUAUAUUAUUUAUUUUACUGUGCAAAACAACA